UAAAAAGCAAUAAAAGUACACUACAAUAUUUAUAACAUUGUUAUCAAUCCUAUUGCCACUAUGCCAUAUAGUAUUCCAUUUGGCAAUGGCUGACACUAUCACGUAGCAAAAGAAAAUCCAAGUUAUUAAAAAAAUAUGUAACUUUAAAAUUUUGUAAAGAUAUGGGACAAAAAGGACAACACGGGUUGAGCAAGGCAAAGGAUGGGAAAUGGCCGCUAAUAGUGUUAAAAAUUCUGUUCAUUGGGGUGAUUUAGUGGAUCAGGAAGAUGUUCUGUUGUCAAAGGAUGGCACGAAAUACGAGAAUAACAAAGUAAAAUGGUCUGCGUUUGAAAUUCCACUGCUUUAUCAACCCUCACCUUGUCACAAAGGACCAAAAAAAGAAAUGUCCAAAAAAGGUUUAUUGUGGAUGAAGCCACCUGUUGAUAGUAAGGGACAAAGUUACCUUCUGCAGUCUAUUGAACUUCAACAUUAUAAGCGAAGAAUGAGGUACAUGCUUUCUGCAGCACAUUCUCACCAAAAUGAAAUGCAGAAAGCCAGUGGCUUUGACACUCCUGUUCUGCCAUCACCUCCACAACCGCCAAAACGUUUUUGUUCCACUGAAGGACGUUUACUUGGACAAAGUCAAUCAAGUUUCCUUUCAACAGAAUACAUCGCUGGAGCAAGCAAAAAAGGAUUAGAAGGAAAACAUUUUCAGUGUCCUAUACAAUUAGAUAGUUUGUCUGCGAGACAGUUAUUACUGAAAUCAGUAGCUGCUGUUAAUGCCCACUCUGGCUUUGAAGCUACAGAAACAGCUUUAAGCACACUUACAGACGUGUCCACGGAGUAUUGCUUGAAUUUGUGCAAAGCAUUGAAAUCACGAUUGGAAUAUAAACAGCCAGAUGAAACUGUAGUGGAUUCGUUCAAUCAUAUUCUCCAACAUUUCUCUUCGGAUGAUCUGACGUCACUUCAAGAUUACUGGUUGAUGCGAAUAAAAGCUGUGGCAUUGAAACUUGAAAAAGAAGAUUUGACGUUGCUAGAUGAAUACAAUAAUCUGAAGGAAUCUUCUGUUCGUUCCACUAUAAAAGAAGAAAACGGAUGAUAGUGUAAAGACGGUAGUACUUCAGUUUUGAGGAUUGAUUUCACACGCAAGAAUACCAACACAUUCACCGAAAAGCUGAUGAAAUUUACCAGAAGCUUACCAGAUAUAUCUUCGGAUAAAUUAUGAACAUUUUCAUGCAUACACAUUUUGCUUGUUAUACUAGCUUGUAUUACUACUGAAAUUAGAAAUGCGUUUCGUAUGCAUACAAAAAAGGCAUGGCAAUGUGCCAUCGUUUGUUUUACCGUUAAUAAAUGAAAUCUCCGUCCGA